AUGAAUAGACUGCCAGAAAAAUUAACUCUACAAGAACGUGAAACUUUUUCUAAUGCUACUUAUAUCCUACCAAUGUGGGAUGCUGUUAAUAAGAUAAAUACUGAAAAAUUAAAAUCCUUAAAUCAACCUAUUGCCAAGAUAUGUGCUGUCCAUAGUAAUAAUCAUGAAGCUCCAAAAGCUGAGUCUGACAUUGCAAAAGGUCUAGAAGCUGAACUACUACUCGCUAUAGGAGCAUGUAUGAUGCUAACUACAAAUAUUUGGACUUUUGCUGGUCUUGUAAAUGGUGCUAUAGGAAGAAUUAUGGAUAUUAUAUAUGAAGAAGGACAUGGCCCCACUUUACUACCUAAUGCAGUUCUGGUCACAUUUGAUGACUAUCAUGGACCCACAAUUACUACUCCUGAAGGUGUUCAAGUUGUGCUGAUAACUGCUAUUAAGAGAACUUGGAACGGAAAGUUUAGCAUUUGCUCUCACUUCCAAAUUCCUCUAAUACUUGCAUGGGCAAUCACAGUACAUAAAUUUUAA